AUGUUGGAGCCCGAAGACCCUGGAGGGACAUCCCUCCAGGUGUCUCAUGUAGUUACAAUAGAUGCUUCGGGAAUGGAAACGGAAGGUUCCAUUAUAGAUACAGACUGUUCGGAAAACAUUAAAUCCGUUAAAAGAAAGAGAAUAUCAACUAGAAACCAAAAAAAGAGAAGGAAUCACAAACAUACAGAUCUACCAGAUUGCCAACUUUCCCCUAAUGAUAUAAAGGAUAAUGUUAUACCUAAAGUACUUGAGUCAGAUGAUAAAAUCACUGAAAUCCAUCAUAAUGAGGUUGCUAACUCUAAAAACAUUACGAGUAACCCUCGCACUGCUAGGCUGCUUUACCAGGCGUCAGACCCUGCGCCUUAUGAUGUACAUAUUCAAAAAAUUUUACAACCUAAUCAAACUGGAUCUAUACAUCCAGUACAAUUUGGAUUCUUUCUAAAAAAAAAUUCAAUAAAAAGCAUUGUAGAGGGAAGCAUAAAAAAAAUUGGAAGGAAUAGGUUGUCAUUUCAAUUUAAAACAUUUCAGGAGGCUAACUCAUUUCUAAAUCACAAAUCUCUUGAUGAUAAUAAAUAUAAAGCUUUUAUUCCGGCCUUCACUAUCACCCGCAUGGGAAUAGUGAGAGGUGUUCCAUGUGACUGGGACGAGAAAGAUGUUAUAGAAAAUAUAGAGCUUCCGCAGAACUGUGGAAGCAUUCUGAAAGUUAGGAGACUAAAUAGAAAGGUUUAUGACGGCGAGACACCCAAGUUUGUUCCAACUGAGACCGUAGUUUUGACCUUUGAUGGGAAGGUGUUACCUCCCAGGGUCUUUAUGUGUUUUAACUCCCUACCUGUAGAGCUUUAUAUUUACCCCACGCUGCAAUGCUUUAAUUGCUGCCGUUUUGGUCACACCAAAAUGCAAUGCAGAGGCACUCCAAGGUGUUACAAAUGUGGUGACAAUCAUUCAGGUAUAAGUUGCGAGACGGAAAGAGAUGAUGCUGUGUGUAUUUUAUGUUCUGGUUCCCAUUUCGCAACAGACAAAAAAUGCCCGGAGUAUGCUAGGCAGAAAGCUAUAAAAGAAACAAUGGCUAGAAACUCUAUAUCCUAUUCAGAAGCAAGUAAAGUCUAUCCACCAGUUUCAAAAUCUUAUGCUGACAUUGUUGCUUCUGCUUCAUCAGCCCCUUCGGGUCCAACUAUGACUUAUUCAAGCCCCUAUAAUUUAACAAGCCCUUUUAAGAGUCCGACUCAAUCAUAUAAGAAAACAGUAUUCUUGAAACCCAAAGCUCGUCCCAGAAAUUCUAGUAAGGGAUAUGAUCAAAAAGCGCAUGCAGAGCUUAUCCAAGAUUACAGCAACAUUCCUUCCUUUUCUACAGGUUGUCUCAAAAAUUACAAUGAUUUGUCAGAAAUAAUAACAAAGGAUCUCAUCAUUUCUAUAAUUCAGUACCUUUCACAAUCGAACAUAAUUAAAAUACCGUCCAACGAUGCCGUUUCUUCAAAAACUUUUUUAACUAAUGGACAGUCAGGACCAUCCACGAAACCAGUCUCUGGUGAUUCAAUGGAAUUGCCGGAGUAUUAAUAGUAAAAAAAGUGACUUAAUUUUUUUAUUGAAUAGUUACAAACCAUUUGCAGUCUCUCUUCAAGAGACUUGGCUUCGUCCUGGAUUCAAUUUUAGAAUUCCAGGACAUGUCUGUCUUAGAGAAGACAGAACAGAUGGGUAUGGUGGAGUGGCACUAAUUCUUAGGGGAGGUGUGCCCUUUGUCCACUUACCCAUCCCUAAUCACAGUGAUAAAUUUUCUAUUAUUGCUGCUAGUGUAAAUAAUAUCUGUUUUGUAAAUAUGUAUAUACCUCACCCUUCCAAUGAAGUCUUUGACGAUAUUCGUAGCAUCCUAUCUUCCCUCCCGCGCCCUAUUUUGGUUAUGGGAGAUUUCAAUGCACAACAUUCUAUGUGGGGAAGUUCUAAGUCUGAUCAUUAUGGGGCUAGAAUCUUAGACAUCUUAGAUGAUAAUAAUUUAUGUCUUUUAAACUCUGGUUGUCCUACUAGAAGAACACAGCCCCAUGAGGGUAUUAGUGCACCAGAUCUUACCCUUUGUAGUCCCUCACUUGCUCCUACAUUAAACUGGUGGCCUCUAUCGUCUUCAUAUGGAAGCGAUCACUUUCCACUAAUGGUAUCAUUUCCUCAAAAAAUUUGUGAAAAGACAUCAAAGGCCCCUCCCCGGCUAAAAUAUAGACUUAAGGAUGCCAACUGGUCAUUAUUUGGAGAUAAAGUUCAACAAAAUUUAUCAACCAUACCUCCACUAAAUGACAGCAGUAAUCAUCUUUGUGCUGAAGCUUUUACACGGGCCCUACUACAAGCUGCUGAGGAAGUUUUUCCUAUAAAAAACAAUAGUGGAAAUGGGUAUAUUCCAUCACCUCCUUGGUGGGACAGUGAGUGUUCUGCUGCGAUAGCUGAGAGAAAGAUAGCUGAAGAAAAUUACAGAGAAAAUUCUACAACACAAAAUUUUAAUAUUCUUAGUAAUCUUAUAACUAAAACUCGUAAAUUAUUAAAACAAAAAAGAUUCAAUAGCUGGAAAUCUUUUUGUGCCUCAAUUUCACCAGAAAUUUCUCCAUCUCAAGUUUGGCAAAAUAUUCGUAGAUUCAGAUCCGCUUUCAAACCUCCAAGGUCUCCUUUCAUGGAUAGUAGUACAGUUGAUUUGUUUCUUGACAAAUUAGCUCCACCAUUUGUCCCGUCUAUAGAUAAUAUUUCUUCUGACUCACAGCCUUCUCUCCUCUCCCAGCAUGAUAGUAGCGAUUCAUUCAUUUCCUUUAGCCUUUCAGAACUCAAAGGGGUUCUUUCAAGGCUUAGGGACUCAGCCCCGGGUUGUGAUGGAAUUCCAUAUUCUUUUCUUCAAAACCUGAACGACUCCUGCCUUUCUUAUUUUCUCAGUUUAAUUAAUUCAAUCUUAACAUCAGGUAAUAUUCCUCCAUCAUGGAAAAUCCAUGAAGUUAUCCCAAUACAUAAGCCCAACAAACCCAUUAAUGAUCCAUCAUCAUACAGACCAAUUGCAUUAGCUUCAGUGAUUUCCAAAAUUUGCGAACAUCUAGUUAAAAAUAGACUAGAAUGGUUUAUUGAGAGUAAAGGGUUACUAUCUCCUAACCAGUUUGGAUUUAGGAAAGGUAGGAGUACGAUGGAUAGUCUCAGCAUUUUUAUGACAGACAUAAGAUUGGCAUUUUCAUACAAUAAGUCUGUGUUAGCAGCAUUCUUAGAUGUGUCUGCAGCCUAUGAUAAUGUCAACCUUUCGGUUCUGAAACAAAAAAUGAUUAAUUUGAAUAUCCCACAAAUUUUCAUAAGUUUCAUAAUCAAUCUUCUCUCUGGUAGAAUGCUUAAAGUAAUAUCAGAAGACUCUUAUCAAUCCCGUAUUGUCUGGAAAGGUUUACCCCAGGGCUCCGUUUUAAGUCCCUUACUUUACAAUAUAUAUUCUCAUGAUCUGGAAGCCUCCCUUAGGGGUAAAGUUAACACACUCCAAUAUGCAGAUGAUUUACUCCUCUAUGUCUCUGGUGAUUCUAUUGACAACAUGUCUGAUACUGUCACAUAUUCUCUUAAGUUGCUAAAAGUUUGGCUUGACAAUAACUCUCUAAGCCUUUCAGUUCCUAAAAGUAUUAUAGUCUUAUUUUCACGUAUGAGGCUUCCUCCAUCAGUGUCUGUAUUUUAUAAUAACAUUAGAGUUCCUGUUAAAAGUGAAGCAACAUUUCUUGGGGUAAUUUUAGACUCAAGACUUACAGGAAGCCCUCAUUGCUACUAUAUAAGUGAUAAAUGUGAGAAGAUUCUAAAUAUAUUGCGUUGCCUCUCUGGAGUUUGGUGGGGAGCCCACCCUUUCUCUCUAAAGCUUUUGUAUAAUGCCCUAAUAAGGAGUAUUUUGGACUAUGGAACAUUUAUACUUGAACCCUGUAAUGCAGUAGCUCUCCAUAAGUUAGACAUUAUCCAGUCUAAGGCUCUGAGAAUAAUUGCUGGGGCUAUGCGUUCGAGCCCUAUUAACGCUUUGCAGGUCGAAUGUUCUGAAGCCCCCCUGCACCUCAGACGACAAUUUCUUUGUGACCGGUUUCUAUUUAGAGCAUUCCAAGUUUAUAAUCAUCCUCUUUACACUAAGUUACGGUCUCUGCUGGAAUGUAUGGAUUAUCCGUACUGGGCUCAUAAAUCGCCGCCAUGCCUUAUUGUUAGUCUCCAAAAGUACUUAGCUCUUCAAGCUCCUACACAUAGAUCACAAUUCCUUCCAAUAUUUUGUGUUAACUAUGAUGCCCUAACUUUAAAUCCAUCUAUUAUGUUUGAUUUCGGCCUAAGUAAACAAGAUCUUUCUAUCAAUGCCAAAUUUGUUGAUAUUAUUGACAGUGACAGCCGAUGGAAAAAUUGUCAUUUAAUUUUUAGCGAUUCCUCCAAACCCGGUCCCGAGGAGUGUGUGGGGGUCGGCAUUUUCCAUCAACAGUUUGGCAUUGUUCAGAAAAUAAAAUUGCCUCCAGAGACUUCAGUAUUUACUGGAGAAUGUUUUGGUCUUCUGAAGUCUCUGGAGUACAUUUUAAUGAUGAAGCUUAAAAAGUCAAUAAUUUUAACUGACGCUAAAAGUGCCCUCCAAGCCUUGGAACGUUUUCCUUUUAACAGUAACCGAAAUAAUCAUCCUGUGAUUAUUGCAUGUCGUGAUUUAUUGUAUCAAUGUUGCAUCAAAAAUUACACAGUUUCCUUUGCUUGGAUUCCGGGGCACUCGGGUAUCUUUGGCAAUGCCAAGGCCGAUAGCCUUGCCAAAGCUGCGGUCAAUGAUGGAGAUUUGGUUCCGUACAAAAGCUUUUGUUGUGAUUUAGCUCUGCUUCCUAAAUUCCAGUUAUUGAAUUCUUGGACUCACAUUUGGCGUUCUUCAAGACAGACUAAAGGUCGAUAUUACAGCACGAUCCAAGUGGAUAUACCUCCUAAACCGUGGUUUUCAAAUCUGACGUUUGGUAAAGCUAUCACAUCGACCCUUAUUCGCAUGAGGCUGGGCCAUGCAUGCAUUCCCUUGCAUUUGGCAAGGCUUAACCUUUUGCCUAGCGAUAUAUGUGAGUGUGGCAAUGACGUUGGGGAUUUUAAUCAUAUAUUCUUUGCCUGUCCUCGAAAUGACCGUUCCGCUUUUAUUUCCUCACUUUUGUCCAUUAAAAUUCCUUUUCCUACUUCAAUUUCUAUCCUUUUAUCUAAUAUCAAUAUUGAUGUAUAUAGAAUAUUAGCUAGUUUCAUUUUUCAUAAUAAUAUAAAAUUGUAACCAUUUAUGUACUUAGUUUAUAUAAUAUAUAUACCUGAUCCUUUUUCCAAAUUCCGUUCCAAAUUCAAAUCCAAAAAAUAAAUCCAUUAACACACUUCCUAACCUUUUUGCGUGGCUGACGCACAAACCGUGCAGGCCAAGAAAUGGGAGAAAAAAAAAAAAAAAAAAAUAAAAAUAUAAACACUAGACAUUAGAGUCACAUUUUGUGUAUUAUAGUAAAAACAAAUGUAAAUGUAAAUUUAACAAUGCCAAUUCAUAGAAAACAAUUGUCACACAAUGUAGUGUAAAUAAAAUGGAUACAAAAACGUAACAGUUUAUAUUGAAUAUUGUAUCCAGUAUGGAAGAAGAUAACAAGAAUUCGUUUAAAGUUUGUCGUGUUUGUUUGGGAUGUUACCCGAGUGAUGAUUGCUUGUCAUUGUUCCAUGUAGAAAACGGUCGCGCGAUAUCGGAUUUGAUAAUAUCAAUCGCAAAAGUAGAAAUAGUUAAAGGUGACUCCUUACCCGACUGUAUCUGCAACGAGUGUUUUCACGAACUGGAAAAGGCUGUAAAGUUCAAACAAAAAUGUGAACAUUCCUAUUUCACGUUAAUUAACGAUACAUUUAAGAACCCUUUGAUUCCGAAAGUAGAUAUAAAGGAGGAAUUAUCAUUUGACAAUAACUGUGAAUUUGAUACAUCGUUUCAUGAAAACAGUGUUGAGACCGAAUUUGAAAUUGAAGACAAGAAUAUUAAAAAGAGCAGAGCCAAUGAUUUGAGUUUAGAAUGUCAUGAUUGUGGAGAGUUAUUUAAAAGUAAAUGCAAGCUGAGAGUACAUUGGAAAAGGGCCCACCAGAGCAGCUAUUUAAAGUGUGAACGAUGCAAACGUCAGUUCAAAUCAUUUAAAGCAUAUAAUUUACACAAGAAAAUAAGUCCUGCUAGUUGUACUGUGGCCAAAUUCAUUAGGAUUGAGGGCGAAGGUAAAAACCGCAUGUUCUACUGUAAGGAUUGUGAUUAUAAAUCGAUCAGAGUUAAAGAUAUGAUGAAUCACUACUUAUGUCACAGUGGUGAGAGACCGUUCACAUGUUCUAUAUGUUUAAAGACAUUCACCCAACAUAGUUCACUUAGCAGUCAUCAAGAAAAUGUCCACAAGCUUUAUAAAGUAGAAGGCACUUGUCAUGUAUGCGGAAAAUACCUUAAAGGUCGAAACAAGUUCUACAAACAUUUAAAAGGUCACUCAGAAAAGAAUCAACAGUGUGUAAUAUGUAAUAAAAUAUUCAAAACGAAGAAAACAUUGAAAGUGCACAUGCAAAGGCAUGCUGAUAUUAAAACGUUGUCAUGUGAAAUAUGUGGAUCGAGAUACUACACUAUAUCAGAUCUGUGUAACCACAAAAGAAAUGUACAUUUUAAGGAUAGCAAAGUUUAUAAAUGUGAUUUAUGUGAAUACGUAGCAAACAAGAAUGAAACGAUAAAGAAGCACAGAGCGAAACACACGGGUGCUAACAUACCGUGUUUGGUAUGCGGAGUGUUUUUGGAGAAUGAAGAAACAUAUCUUCUGCAUCAAAAACGUCAUACUGAUAAACAAUUCCAAUGCACGUUGUGUGAGAAAAGUUUCUACAGGAAACGAUAUCUUAAUGAUCACAUGAGAAAGAAACAUGGACACGGAGAAUCUGGACCAAAAGCUCUUACUAAAAAGAUACAAGUAAAAAAAGAAAGCUCUGUUAUCAUACAAUAUGAGGAUAUUAAUUCAUUAUCACCUACUGUGAUAGAUUAGGGUUUUUUUGCAUUCUGGCAGUGAAAUAAAUGUUUGAUUUGAAAUAAAAUGGAGUAAAUGUUUCUUGGGGAAAGUUAGUUUCUGAAAAUAAAAUAUAAUUUCAAAUCUUCCCUCUAUAAAAUGCUUUAAGUUAUUUUAAUAUUUACAUUAUUUGGAACUGAUGUGCAGAGCAUAGUUUGGUAAUUAUUGGCAAAGAGACUUCCAUUAAUGUUGGGCAGAUAAAGCAUAUUAUGUCAGUAUGGUAUAGAUGCAAAAUGUUAUUAAAAGCCUGAGCAGUUAUAAUAGCAAUAUGUUAAUUUGAAUGUUAACCAAAGAAUAUUAGUGAUUGUUUUGAAUGCAGCCAAUUACAUUGCACUGUAUAUAAAAUAUUGAUUCUUUUAUUGCUCUGGUUCGGAAGACAUCUGUGGAUAAGCAACAUAUGGAGUGCGAGGUAGCUAAUUGGCUCUGGCAUUAGGCCGUCGCUUAUGACAUUGAGUACCUAUAUAAUAUUCAUUACAAUCGGCUUUGCAUUACUUAACCAUACUUGCAUCUAAUAGCAAAACUCAACACUUUAUUUUCUUAUAUGGAAUUUUUUUUAUUUUAGUUAGAACAUAUUAUUAUUCUUUCUCGAAGUUCUCGAGUGGAGACCGCGCAGCGGAAGACGUAGCGUGGGACGCCCCCUGGCUAGAUGGUGCGAUGACCUCCGCACGGUGACCGGCAAGAAGUGGAUGAGGAGAGCCGCAGACCGGGCUCAGUGGUGUAGAUUGGGAGAGGCCUAUGUCCAGCAGUGGAUGACUGGGCUGUUGAUGAUGAUGAUGAUGAUGAUAUUAUUAUUAAAGUUGGAAUUAAUGAAAAAUUGUGUACAUAUUAGCACUUAAAAAAGAAACAAAUUUUAUUUACAACACUUAUUUAACCUAGUUAAACUGCUUUUUUAAUUCAAGAAUUACAUUUUUGAUGGUGGUUUUAGUAAAUAUUUAAUUAUUUUCGUUUAAGGUAUAAAGUACCUAUAUUUUAGUGACAUUAUUUAUUAACAUUUUAAUUCACAAAAAUAUAUACAUAUUAGGUAUUUAAUAAAAUAAGAUUCCUGAAAAUGGUUAUCUGAACAAAACAUUUGUUAAUUAAAAACAAUAAAACACUUAAAUGAAACCCAAA